AUGCUCACAGCCAAUUCAGCCUCUCCAGACAGCGGCACGGAGUCAGUAACAGUCUGCGCGUUGUUCGCGGCUCUGGAUGGAACUGGGAUGUAUUUUGGAAGAGGCUUCGGGCGUCAGGGACCCACCAGCAUCACCGCCACCGAGCCUGACGCGUCAAGACAAACUUCUUCCAUGGCACUGGUAAUGGAGCCCGUGAGCAAGUGGAGCUCCAGUCAAGUGGUUGACUGGAUGAAAGGUCUGGAUGACUGCCUGCAGCAGUACAUCAAGACCUUCGAAAAGGAGAAAGUAGGGGGGGACCAGCUGCUGCGUAUCACCCACCAGGAGCUGGAAGAUUUGGGGGUGUCCAGAAUUGGCCACCAGGAGCUCAUCUUGGAGGCUGUGGACCUACUCUGUGCUCUGAAUUAUGGUCUGGAGACGGAAAAUCUGAAAACGCUGUCUCAUAAGCUCAGUGCAUCUGCUAAGAACCUGCAAAACUUCAUCACUGGCCGAAGGCGCAGUGGCCAUUAUGACGGCAGAGCCACUUGCAAGUUGCCCAAUGACUUCCUUACCUCUGUGGUUGACCUUAUCGCAGCUGCCAAGAGCCUCCUCGCAUGGCUGGACAGGUGCUCCUUCUUUUUCAGGUCUCCAUUUGCCUCAGUGGCAGAUUAUUCUGUGACCAGAAACAAUGUGAUCCAGCUGUGUCUAGAGCUCACUACAAUUGUGCAACAGGACUGCUCUGUGUAUGAAACAGAAAACAAGAUACUACAUGUGUGUAAGACUCUGUCUGAAGUGUGCGAACAAAUUAUCUCACUGUCCUCGGAUCCCAUGGUGUCCCAGUCUGCACAUCUGGAGGUUGUGCAGCUAGCCAACAUAAAAUCCACUGAAGGCUUGGGCAUGUAUAUCAAAUCAACGUAUGAUGGUUUGCACGUAAUCACUGGAACCACUGAAGGAUCCCUGGCUGACCGCUGUAAGAAAAUCCAUGCAGGAGAUGAAGUCAUUCAGGUCAAUCAUCAGACAGUGGUGGGCUGGCAGCUCAAAAACCUUGUGAACCUGUUGCGAGGGGACCCUGCCGGUGUGACUUUAACUUUAAAGAAGCGCCCACAAAGCACCCUCACAUCAACCCCUGCUCUGCUCAAAAACAUGAGAUGGAAACCAUUAGCUCUGCAGCCAAUCUUCCCUCAGAGCCCCAGCAGCAGUGUCGCUACGCCCACCAGCACUUUAAGCACUCCUUCCAGGAGGAGUAGCUGUGCCCUGCAGGACCUCUAUAUCCCCCCUCCUCCAGCAGAGCCCUACACCCCCAGAGAUGACAAGGGAAACAUGCAGGAUGAAGACCCUCAAUCCGAUCUCCAAGCCGCAGAAGGAUCUGAGUCACCAAACUCCUACCUUGACCAGGAGUGCCGACGCCGGUUUCCCCUGGUGGAGGAGGAUGCUAUACUUUACUGCUACGAGUAUGAUCAGAACCAAGAAACAGCAUCAGUCCGUAGGGGGAGCACUCCUACCUAUGGCAGGCUCAGGCCCAUCUCAAUGCCAGUGGAAUACAACUGGGUGGGAGACAACGAGGACCUGCCGAAGCCGAGGAGAGAGAGCAGGAGAGAGAACUCCCUGAUGCGUUUUGCCAGUGAAGACAAACCCCAUGGGGAGAACUUCCUGCUGGGCCGCAGCCUGAGUCAGAACAGAAGGAAGAUGGAGCGGGGAAGCAGCCCGACCCAUUACACACUAGUACCAGCCCUCCAGAUGCAAGUUUCGCUGUCCACGUCCAGCUCUGACUCUGCAUCCCUAUAUCAUGUGUUUGAGCGUUCCUCGCUGCUGUCAAGGUCUAAAAAGAAGAAUAAAGCUGGAAGCCCCAUGGCUUCCAUCAGUAAGCGGCGGAUCUCCUGCAGGGACCUGGGUCAGGGGGACUGUCAGGGCUGGCUGUGGAAGAAGAAAGAUGCUAAAACCUACUUUUCGCAGAAGUGGAAAAAGUACUGGUUCAUCCUGAAAGAUACCUGCCUGUACUGGUACAUGAACGAAGAGGAUGAGAAAGCGGAGGGGUUUGUCAGCCUGCCGGAAUUCAAAAUUGAUCGCGCUACUGAAUGCAGAAGGAAAUAUGCUUUCAAGGCUUGCCAUCCAAAAAUAAAGACCUUUUACUUCGCUGCGGAAAAUGUAGAUGACAUGUCCCGGUGGCUGAGCCGUCUCAGCAUGGCCGUUGCAGGUUAUGCCGAGCAGGAGAGUAUGCGCCAGGACCAGGAUUACUGGAGUGAGAGUGAUCAUGAGGACAUGGAGAUGCCCCCAAUGCCCAAACAGGACAGUCCACCGCCACCUUACGAUACCUAUCCCAGGGCAUCGUCUGUGAGUCCCUACCUGGAGCCAAAGCGUGGCCACGUUUCCUCCUCUGACACCUUUCAUUCACGUUCCUCUCACGAGGAAUUCCAUUCAGAGCCUCAGGAAAGCAGCAGCAAUAACAGCAUCUCCCCUGGGCAGAAGACGGGCAGCCACCGAAAUUCAUGGCAGGACCAGAGGGAGAGCAACACGAGGAUGCACUACCUCCAGACGUUUCCCGUUGCGGAAUCUCUGCAGUCUGAGGACAGAGACCAGCUGGCCAUGGAGUACCGCAGGCAGUCCACUCUGCCUGCACAGCGCAGCCUGCUGCAAGAACAGUACAGGGCCCUUCCACUGCCCCUCAGGGCCAGUAUUGAUUCAGACGCCGGAGGAAAACCUCGCAGCUUCACACUUCCCCGGGACAGCGGCCUCCACGCCAUCCUGGCUGCCUCUGCCGCCGCAUCGGAUCAGAGGGAACCCCAGCACUACCACCUGGAUCGAGGUGGAGACACUGGCCGUGGACGUGACUGCCGGCUGCAGACAGACUCACUGGUGGACUUGUACCGGGCUCUGGAGCAGACCAAUCUGUCCGCUACUGACCACAGAUCAGCUGGUCGCCUAGAGUACAAGCGGUCCUUUGUCCGCAGAGACCCGCUGCUUAAUGAGAAGCUUCAGCGCUUGCGAAUGCUCCAUAGCUCACUGAAGAAUGUCCCCCUUCAAGACAGAAAUCACUCAAUGGGUUUUUUGGGGUAACCUGUUAAGGAUUACCAAUUCAGAGUCAUCUCUGGCUGUGCCUCAGGCUGCUGGCUUUCCCCCCCGAGGAAGACAAAAAUCACCAAGAACCAUCUUUUCCCCACUCAUCUGUCCAUCUCCUCCCCUAUUACUCCUCCUCUACCUUCACUCAGCGUGCAGGAGCUCAAGGAUUUGGUGUCCCUCUUUACCUCAUCACUCUUUUGUCUCUAAGAUGAGGAAGGGAGAGCAAAAGAUUUAUGGCUUUGUGAAAUUACCAAGAUUUGCAGGGUUUAUGGAAAAUAAGCACUUUGUGUUCACGUCAAACAUUGCCUGGGGGCUUCUACAAUAUCGCUCACAUGCAUGGCCACCUCCACUGAAUUGUUUCCGAACAUUAUGCUGGAAUAGUGUACUUAAUCUGCUCUGAACAGGCAUUUUUUGGGUGUACGCAACAUUUCAUCAUGCAUGUUUGUUUAAUUCAUGGGUAUGUUUAUUCUGAGUGUAAAGGGUGUUAAACAUAUAUACAUAUAUAUUUAAUAUUACAUUCCAACCACAGUGAAUACACAAUGUUUUGGGGUACGUAUUCAAAUUGUACAUCAAGUGCUGUGCCUCAGUGAUAGUGAAUGUACAUUGUACCUUUUUAAGAGAGAUAAGUGAAGAUUUAGAAAGCAAGGCAUUCCUCAAAGCAGAUGCACAAAAAUAUGAUGCUUGGCAAUAAUGAACUAAUGUUGUAAAUUACAAAGGAAUGAUCAGAUUAGUUGUCUAUUUUUGUAUGCAUGCUGUCUACCUGGUUGUUUGUAAGACAGUUUUGUAAUUCUAAGUGCGUUUGGUUCAGAGAAUACUGUUGUUAUCUUCCCCACCCACAUCCACCCACGAGCACACGAGCACCACAAUGUAUUUUUAGUUCUUCUAAUAGAAAUUGACCAGAAUAUAUGAUAAUUUUGUAAGUGUUCACCAUUAAAAGAUGAAUAACUGUAUUUAUUAAAUGUUUAAUGUAAAAGCAUGCUUUGUAAAACUAAAACACACUACCAUGUCAUUUUGAAACUGACUCACUCUGCACACUGUAGCUACAUUACUUUUUUAUUAAAUAAAUUCUUGUUGAAGUGCACACAAGACUUGCU